AUGGAAGAAGAUGUUCUGAAAAAGACGUGUUUAUUCGAAGCCCCCAAACGUCCCGCAAAAUCUGGAAAUGUUCAAAAAAUGGUGUCCGAAGUCAACGCAUUUUUCACGGCGCCCAAAAAUCGGCCAGAAAUCGAAGAAAUCACUUUGAAUGAUGACGAUGAUGAAAAUGUACAAGUGAGAAUUAAAUGUAAAUAUUGUGCAAAAGAUAUUACGAAUUGGAUGAAAAAUAAAAGGUUUGAUUUGAGAAGAUGAAGCUUAAAUUGAAAAUUUCUUGCAGAGAAACUCACCAACUUGAAUGUGAGAGGAUCAAGAAGAAAUCAAGUUUGGCGCCGAAAAUAACUGAAGAACCGCCGACGAAAAAAUGGGAAACUUCGAAAGAUUCGGUGAAAUUUGCAAAGUACGCGGCUACGCGUUUACGCUGCCUGGUUUUAGGCGGGAAAAUGAGUAUUUUGAAAAGUUUGGGGCCUUUUUAUGAUUAAGCUUCAAAUUUAGAAAAAACUUUCUAAAGCUUCAUUUCAAGUAGCUACGAUACUCCGCAAUUACACUCCCCACGAUUUUUUGUUUCAGAAUCGACGCGGAUGACGAAGCAAAUCGUCGUCGAAAACGUCCUCGAUCUUUUGCUGUUGUUGAAUUGGCACCUCGAGAAUGUCAAUGCGAAGUUCUCACAACUCUUCAUACUCGAUUCAUGGAAAAAUUCACGUUUUCAUCACAAAAACAACGAAGCUCCGCAAUCACACUCACCGAAUUUUCGUUUACUCAACAGAAAAUGUUGAAGAAAAUCAGUCGACUUGAACAAUUAUCGAUUGAUUUUCGAAAAAUGGCCGAAGAUUCAAAUCCUAGCUAUUCGGAAAUUAUGAAAAUUCAAGGAAUCGGUGGAUUUGUUGAGGCUCCGAAGUUAAUUCUCAAACAUCGAACUACAAUUUUGACAAAAAAUCCGAAACUCGAAUUGGAAUUUCCGAAAGAAAUUCUGCAAUUUUGGCUGGUUUUUGUGUUUUCCGCGCAAAAAGAAUGGUGUGGAAUUGAACAGGCGAAAAUGAUUCGAGAAAUUGGAACAAAUUAUGGACCGGUUGGAUUAGUUGAUUAUAUUGAUGAACAUAAAUAUGAGUGGAGAAAUACAAUGAAGGAGGAAGAAGAAAAGAAAGAGGAAAUAGAAAUAGAGAAAAUUGAUACUGUAGAAGUUGUUGAGCAAAAAGAAGAGGAAAAAGAACCGGAUUUAUUUGACACUGAUGAUCCUUUAAUUGGAUUUAAUACGGAACCGAUGGAAAUCGAGCCAAUUGCAGAUAUGGAACCAAUGGAAGUUGAAGUUGAAAUUCAGAGUCCGAGAUUAUCUGGAGGAGCAGAUUUGCAAGAAAAAGAGGAAGAAGAUCAAGAGGUAUGAAAAUUAUUCUGAAAAUAUCUGCAUUACUCAGAUUAUAAAAAAUUACCAAAGUUUGAUAUCUAGACUUUUUGGAAGUACAAAAUAAUAAGAGUUUUCAAAUUUUGAAACAUUACUCAGGUUAUAUAAUUUUGGCGAUGAAAUUUGAUAUUUGAAACGUCUUCUCAUAUCGAAAUUCCGUUUCAAAAAUUGUGAAAACAAUUUCUAAAUUGCCAUGUUUCCACGUUUCUAUUUUUUCCAAAAUACAUUUCAACAUAUUUCAAAGUUCAUAGCAUUGCUCAGAUUAGAUUAAAAUUUCAGAUUUUUUCCAGAAAUCACUUUCUCAACAAAUUCUUCAAUCAACCUCAAUAAUCGAUGACUCUUUUGAUAAUUUCAUUGUUCCUCCUCAAAAAUAUACAUCUCCUGAAAAAUCGGUAACAUGUUCCUUUCCUCUAUCUACAAACUCCUCAUUUUUCUAGAAAUCACCCCAAAAUCAAUUAAUGAUCGAAGACUCUUUCGAUAAUUUCAAACCCGAUGAUAUUUGCGAAAUUCAAGACGAACCGGGACCAUCGAAAUUCCGAACUCCUGAAACUCGAAAUCGCGGCGAAAAAUUGAGUUUCGCCUCAAAUGUUCGAAUAUUGAAAACAUCGAAUAUAACACCAAUGCCUGAUUUUGAAGAAAUGACUGAAAUUGAGCUGAAAAUGAGAAUGAAAGAAAUUGGACAAAGACCGAAAGGAAGAAAGAAAAUGAUUGAAAUGUUGAAAAUGGCAUAUGACACAUUACACCCUGAAAUUGUACCAAAUACACCAACAAUUCGACCGAUUGUUGCAAUUUCGGAAAAUGAUGAAAGGCCGAAAGCAAAACCCAAAAAGCCAUCAUUAAAUGCAAGAUUGGCUCAACUUGCACCAAAAAUGAAUGAAGAAAAAGAGCCAGAAGAUGAAGAAGAUCUUGGAGAUAAAACUUUGAAUUUAUCGAAUGAAUAUGAUGAUGAAAUUGUGGGAAAAAUUGGUGGGAGAUGGAGAAAUUGAGGAAGAAGAAGAAGAGGAGGUUUUUGAUAAGAAGGAUUUGGGAUCAAUGAAAAGCGCAUUUUUACAAUGGAUAAGGAAAGAGGCAAAUUUCGAGUUGUAUAAUCAUAUGCUUUCGUUGAAUGUUGUUUCAUUGGUGGGUUUUUUGGCACUGUUUUGCGUCGAAAUCCCCUUUUUCCAGGAAGAACUUCUUGCUCGGCUUGGUAAAUCCGAUGGCCCCGAAUCAUUGAUAGGAAAAGCCAAACUCGCAAAAAUUCUCGACGAACUUUCGAUAACUUAUCAACUUCCACAAAAAGGAACAUUUGGUGGAGCGGGUGGAAAACGGAGAGGAGCUUUUGGUAGAAAAUAA